AUGCCGUUACAACAGCAAGAGCAGGAGCGUCCACCUCUCCAACCAGUAUACGUCAUUCCGUUGAGCGGGCCUGCUGCUCCAAUAGAGCCAAUCGUUAUGGGACCGUGCGGCACGCGACCACUUCCACAGCCAGCAGUUCCCUCUAUAGCUCCGAAAAUCGACGCUUCGAUUAUGUCUCCUUCUCAAAAAAGGCAAUCACUUUUUCCGCUGGAUGAUCGAGAAAUGAAGAGAAGGAUCGUGAAACAGUGUAUGGAACGCCGUCGACGGGCCUGCAUCUCCGACAAAUUGUCUGCGCUCCACAGUCUAGCUGUGUCUCUCGUUGGUGAGAAGCCGCCACAGCAGUCGAAUCAGAGGUUAGAGAUCACUGACAUACUGAACCAGUGCGUGAGUGUGCUACAGGGCCUAUCAGAGUUUGUGAAGAACGAGCCCGAACUGCAGGCAAAAAUGCGUCGACUUAAGCUCCCUUCGUUGAAGGAGUCGUCAGGAGAGCGACGACGGCGACAGGGCGAGGCCUCUACGUCGAAAGCUAUACCGGAGGGUGCGAUGGGGGCAGAGAAGGAGAACCUGAAGCCUCGGGCGUCGGCUUUCACUCCUGUUGGUCGGUUCGGAAUGGUAACUACUUCAACCCCUCUGACAGCUCCUCUGUUGCCGCCUCCGCCACCUCAUGGUCAGGACAAGUGUCCAUCAGCAAUGCGAAAGCGGAAGAGAGAAAGUGCUGAUAGCGGUCUUAACUCUUCCGCCUCCCCUUCGACUGCGUCAAAUUCCAUGUCAUUCUGCUCCACCUCGACCCAUUCUGCUUCCGCAUCUUCUUCACUCCCCGAAGAAACCCAAACGUUCAAGCGGUCCCGGAAAUCCCCAUCUGAUAUUUGGCGGCCUUACCGCGAUUGA